ACUUAGGGAGAAUGUUGUAAUAGUCUACUGAAUUCUACGAACGGUUUGUUUUCGGAGUUCUCUAAAACUAAUCAUUUUCAUAUAAAACAUGACUUCUGAUGAACCAGUUCUCCUCGCUGCAGUGUCGAUACUGUCUGCUCUCCAUAUGGGUUUUCAGGCAAGGCGUGUGGGCUGGUCUAGGAUGAAGUAUAAAAUUAUACCACCUUCUGUUACUGGACCAGCUGAGUUUGAAAGGACAUUUCGAGCUCACCAGAAUAGUGUAGAGUUUUAUCCCAUCUUCUUGGUGGUAUUGUGGAUAUCUGGCAUUUUUUGCAGUGAAGCAAUGGCUGCUCUUGGAGGACUUCUGUAUAUUGUGGGCAGAGAGAUGUAUUUUAUUGGCUAUAUUAAUGAAACACAGAAAAGGUUGCCAGGGUUUUAUUUGGUCAUAUCUGUUAUAUUGUUCUUAUCUGUGAUGGCUACCUUUGGAAUUAUUCAAUCAUUCUUGCACAAAUACCUUGACAUCAAGCUUCGCUGGGGAAAAUAAUUGUAUUUUAGCUUUUUAUCAAUGUUGUCAGCAACAUUUAAAACAUAUUUUAAACAUUAGUUUGGCAGAAGUUUGAUUAUUCUGUCCUGUCAAUCAUCACACAAACAUAUGUAAGCAGCCUGCACACUUCAGCAACAGUUUCCCUUUUCUAGUUUCCCUUUUCCACCAAGGACAGCAGGUCAAAUUUGAUAACCAUUAUAUGAGUAGCAAGAUAACAUAAAAAUCUGAAACAUUUUGUGAUUCCAUCGUGUUACAUCACCUCACUUCAAAACAAAUGUGUGAAUAAAUUGAUUCACAAACAAAUAGUUUUUGAACUGACACAUUGGAAAAGUUGUGCAGGCUUUGCAGAUUUAUUUAACACUUUCUUUAUAAAACAAUAAAAAUACAAUUGUGUAACUUGA